UACUUUUGAAUAAUAUUCCACAAUAAUUCAAUAUGGCUUUUCGCUGGCUUAAAAAGCCAAUAUAUCGAAAUGUAUAUAAUCUCAUGAGUAGGACGUGUCAUUUCUGUACAACUUGGGAGUAUUAACUUCCACCGACGACAAACGGCAAACGGCUAUCGGAAUGGGGCAAUCUUCAUCGGCGGAGCAAGUGUCGCCGGAGCAAAGAGAGGCAGAAUCUUUGGCAGCUUCAACUGGAGCUCUUCCUUCUCUACAAAAAGCUUUCUCUCUUCUUUCUGAUCCUCAAACUCACUCCAUCCCCCUCCCUUCUCUUCAGAAAUGUUUUGGGUUCUCCUUUGGGGGAUCAACAAGUGAAGAAUCGACAGUGCCGAAGGAAAUUCCAGUUUUGUUGAGUCAUUUGAGUUCUUCAAUAGUUGACUUGUUUUUCUUGUCUGAAAAAGGAGGUGUUAGUUGGGUUGAGUUCCUAAAAGGCUAUACAAAAUGUUCUGGACGGGCAGUUAGUUCAGCUUCACUCAAUAAUUUGUUAAGAUUAUUUGGGAUGACGUGUGUCAAGGCAGGUCUUCCGGAAAAACUGCAGGUUGUUUCUGAUGAGGAUGAUAGUAAGAUUAGUGGAUUUUUAUCGCCUGUUGAUGUGCAGACGCUUCUUUGGAUGUGCUGGGUUAUGUGGUGGGAUUCGAAGAAGUUGAAGGCUUCUGGUAAUUUAGGGGAUUCCGGUCUUCCAGAUGUUACACAUUUGGUGUUGUCAGCUAUAGACUCUUGCACUGAAGCUGAUAACAAAUUGGAUUUAUGGGAGAACAACAUUUUAGACUUGGAUAUGCAACUUCCUGUUGCAAAGAUUGUACUGUGGGCUUUGAAGACAUUACCAAGCCUUGCGGACUGCUUUGGACAAUUCAUCCAUGCGAGAAUUUGUUACAUAGCUGCCCAUGAGCAGGAAAAACUAGAGCAAGCGGACCUUUUCUUGCAUGAUAUUUCUGCAAGCGAAAUGAGCAUUGGCAAUCUCCUUACUUGUGGAAGGGCUUGGGCUAUCUCACUUACAUUGAGGAGCACUAUGAGCGAAGAGAUGUCAAAAGCAUGUUUUCCAAGUACUGCGGAGGAAGUAGAUGACUACCUACUUUAUAGGUCUUCUAUUCAUGGAAAAGGUCUGAAUAGAUUUUGGUCAAAUGUUGAAGGAUAUAAUGGUCCAUUGCUAAUUCUUCUCUCUGCUCAUGAGGUCAAUAACGAUUCAAGGAGAUGGAUUAUUGGUGCUCUCAUUCAUCAGGGUUUAGAAAAUCAAGAUACUUUCUAUGGGUCAUCUGGCAAUUUGUACUCCAUUAGUCCAGUUUUUCAGGUGUUAACACCUUCAGGAAGGGAGAAAAACUUUGUUUACAGCCACUUGCAUGCAACCGUUAAAUAUGAAGCUCAUCCAAAGCCUGUCGGACUUGCUUUUGGAGGAUCCUCUGGCAAUGAAAGAAUAUUUAUUGAUGAAGAUUUUGCUAGAGUUACAGUUCGUCAUCAUGCUUGUGACAAAACUUACCAACAUGCUCCUCUUUUUCCCGACCAGGGGUUUUUACCCGUCGAAGCUUCAAUUUUUGAUGUGGAGGUUUGGGGAUUGGGAGGUAAAAGAGCAAGAGACGUGCAAUCAUCGUACAAGAAGAGGGAGGAACUCUUUACUAACCAAAGACGAAAGGUUGACUUGAAUUCAUUUGGAAAUUGGGAAGAUUCACCUGAGAAAAUGAUGAUGGAUAUGGUUUCUGACCCCAACAGAGUUCGUCGCGAAGAAAGAUGAACGAAUUCUUCAGUAGAAGAGAUUUUCACAUUAUCCAGAACCUAUAUCAUAAUGUAUAUGUAGAAAUAAUCAAACAUAAAAUUUUAUUGCUAUUUCAUUUUGUGUAGAAAGUUUUAUGUAUGGCUCUAUUCAGACAGAGACAUAGUAUAUAGUAAGUAGUAUAUCAGAGUAUUUGUCUAAAUUAUCGUUCGGAUCUCCUCCUCACUUGAUCUAGUUGGAACAAUAUGGAGUAAACGACUUCUUGUUUUUCUAAGA